AUUCCUUGGAUGUAUAAAAAACAACUGGUAGCUUGCCCCUCAUUAUUUAGUUCUUAAAAAUAGAUUUUAGAUGAUUUAUUUAGUAGUUCGUAAAAAUUAACGAGAGUUUAUAUAAUGACGAAUACUGGUAAAGUAAAAUUUGGAUGGAAGAGGAAGCUGGGAGAUACUGUAGUCCAUUCAAUUAAAGAACAGUUUGAAAACGAUUCAGCUAACGAAACAACUAUCCAAGAUCUCGAAGAUACAGGAAUAGAUUGGUUGACAUUGAGACCGAAGAAGCCAGCAUUACAACUUGAAGACGCCCUAGCGAAAUGUCAACGUCUAAAAGGAGAAGGAUGUACCUUAGCCGAUAACGAAAGAUACUGGGAAGCUAUUGACAAAUGGAAUCAAGCGUUACAACUUGUUUCCGCUGUUGCAGAAAUACAUGAAAUGAAAGCCCAGGCCUACAUGGCCUUAGGUGAAGUAAUGCCGGCAAUUCAGAGUGCUGAGGAAGCUGCAAAAUAUAAACCCAAUUGGUAUUUAGCUUGGCAAACUCUUGGAAGAUGUCAAUUAAAUUUAGGUGAAGUAUCUAUGGCGAUUCGAUCGUUUAGUAAAGCACUUCACCUACAACCAACUUCAUUGGAAUUACGGGAAGAGGACAUAAAACCAACAUUAGAAUUAUUAAAAAAAUUUAAGAAACGAGAACUGCAAAAGAAAAUUGAAGAGAGGGCAUUAAAAGAUGAACAAGAAAAAUUCACUAGCGUUGAUAUUAACUCAGAAGAGGUUCGCCAAGUACUGAAAGAAUGCGAAGAAUACUUUGAGAGUAAUGCAUCUUUAGACGAGGAAGAAACAUCAGAACAAGUUAGAGAAGUUGUGAAAUUUAGACAAUAG